UGGUAUCCAUGGCUUGAAGGGAAGGAAACUUUUAGGCAGAAGAAUAUAAAGAAAACAACUUGACUUGUGUCAUUAGCAGCAAGAGACAGAGCUGAUUUGAUCUGUUUCGUUGUUGCGUUAUAGAAACAUUUAUUUUCAUUUCUCCCUUUUUCUAGGCCAUGUUUGUAAAAACUCCAACUUUAAUAAAACUGUGCUGAAAAUUUGUUAAAUAUUAUUUUAAUUAAUCUUUUUAAUUGAGCAAAAUAAAAAUGGGCCGUUAUAUUAAUCUAAACCCUAGUUUAGAGCUUAGCCAUGAGAGCCCAACUUUGUUUUCUGGUUUUCGUUUCUCCGACCCUCAUUUUGGGGAGGCUGGAGGGUUGUUUUUUUAAUCUUCCCUUUUCCUGAUGCCCGAAGUUCUUCAGUCUUCCGUUCAUGGCUUCCAGUAGUUACCCCAGAGACUUCACCACAGCCACCUUAGCAUUAGCGCUUGCUGCAGUCUCCGCAUCCGCUGCUAUCUCUUUUUAUAUAUGGAGAAGAAAAAGGGAAGAUAUGGAGGCCAAGACUUCAGAGCUUGAGAAAUCUCUCAAUUCCGCUUUGGAAAAAUGUGCUGCUGAGAGGCAAGGUCGCGUCAGGGCUCAACAGGCUUUGAGGAAAGCAUUAGCAGAACCCAUGUCCCAUAGUUCAGAGAGUAGUUGUUAUCCGAUGAGACCUAUUGGUUUAGUUCAGUCUUGCUUCUCUACCAGGAAUGGAACACCAAGGCAACCAUUGCUCGUUCCUCUUGCUCGAGCGUGUUUGAUCUUUAAUCCAGCCAUGGUUCCUCCAGCAUCCCUCGAGGGUCUUGGGGAAUAUUCUCAUUGUUGGAUCAUAUAUGUCUUUCAUUUAAAUACAGAUCUAGAUAAGUUAUGGAAGCAACCAUCUAAAUCGAAAUUCAAGGCAAAGGUGAGAGUCCCAAGAUUAAAAGGUGGAAAGAUGGGAGUCUUUGCAACUCGAUCCCCACAUAGGCCAUGUCCAAUCGGGCUUACUGUGCAAAGAAUACCAUUAGGAGUAUACAACCUAAGUCUUGUUAGACUAGAAAUCUACACGCUCAUGCAGACUAGCACUCUGCUUUGCAAUAUUGUGGAGGCAAUCCAAGGACAUAUGGUUCUACUCUCUGGUGUGGAUCUGGUUGAUGGGACGCCAAUACUUGAUGUCAAGCCGUAUCUGCCUUAUUGUGAUAGCAUCCAAGAGGCAACAGUGCCAAACUGGGUAACGGUGGACCAUAUGUUAGCAGUAGCUUCUGUCACUUUUGCUGAGGGCUUCUUCGUUUCACUUGCUGAUUGUUGGGAAAUUGCAGGAAAGAAAUCCAUGUACACAUCACAGAAUGAGUUUCAAAGCUUGAUCAAACAAGUCCUGUCCUGGGAUAUUCGAUCAGUAUCGCAAAAAAAUCGACCUCAUAAUACCAUUAUCAAGGCGGGAAAUGCUAAUGGUAACACAUUGAGUAAUCGCAGUUUAAAUUUGGAUGAGCACUUGGAUGAAGAAUCUCUAGACCCUGAACCCGGAUUGUCUCUUCAAUCUGAAGACGUAGUAUAUCACUUGAUUCUGGAAGGCAUGGAUGUGUCUUACAGAAUAGAUUGCAACGGGGAUGUCAUUGUAGAGAAAGUCCAAAAUUUAUCCUGAAAUUCCAAAUGAUAAAGGAAACCAUUGUUGUUACCUUACAUGGAUCAUUUGCAAGAAAGAGAGCAAAUGUAUCCAUCCCAUUGUUGGGAUUGUUAAUUUAGAUACAGUUAUUUACAAUUACUUACAAUUGCAAUUGAAUAUGUAGGAAUACACAGUAUGAUUGUGUUUUCUUUUUCAAACUUA